AUGUGCGAGAUUGAGGCUCGAGGUUGGCUUAUCGUGGUGCUCUCUGUAUGGCUGGCGCUUAGCACAGCACGUCAACUGUUCGACUUGGUCGGUAAACUGUGGAUACCGAUUGUGUUCAACUUAUUUCAGAAUGUUUAUGGUACUGCUGAAGUCUCAUCUCGUUCUCUGUCUCUUGAAAACCUGAAAUCGUGCAGUGCAAUUCUUCACUCAGUCGUCAAUAUUUUUGCACAUUUUGAAGGAGGAAACGAACACUUCCAGAUCUGA